AUGGCAGACGAGGGUUUUCAUGUCUGGACAGAGGACAUCGAGCUCCAGCCAGCUGAUUUUCCAACGUCAUCACUAGCAUCCCUCCAUCUCAUGGACGAGGCUGUGGUCAUUAACGAGAACACCAACCAGAUGGGUGAUAAUCCCGAGCCCCAUUCUGUAUGUCCUCUGAUGAUGUCAUCACCGCUCAACCAAUCACAACAGCUGACAGACAUGUCCAUGGCUACAAGGCCUGAGCCUUCACCAGCAGAUCAAGAAUUCCUGGAGCCAGAGAUGGGCCAAAACGACAGCGAGGCUCAGUCUCAUACUCUGACGGCGUUCCUGCAGGACCUUUCCUUCCCUGUUGAUAACGAUGAUGUGUUUCCUGCCCUGAGAACCAACGUCGCCAAGGAAGGAGAGCUUCAACCCAAGAACAUUACCAAAGCUAUGGCAGCAUGUGACAGCGCUGAUGACAACCAGCUGUGCGAUGCAGAAUGGUACUGGGGCAACAUCUCGAGAGAGGAAGUGAAUGAGAUGAUGAGAAACACCCCUGAUGGCACAUUCCUGGUCCGAGAUGCUACCAGUAGAGUUAAGGGGGAAUAUACUCUGACACUGAGGAAAGAUGGAUCUAACAGACUGAUAAAGAUCUUCCACCAAGAGGGGAAGUAUGGCUUCUCUGAGCCACUGUCCUUCCCCUCUGUGGUGGGCCUGAUCCAGUACUACCAGAACAAGUCAUUGGCCCUGUACAACUCUAAACUGGAUACACGGUUAUGCUACCCUAUCUCCAAAUAUCAGCAGCAUGUUGUGAUGGAAGUAAACACUGAUGCAGUUGGAGCACAGCUGAGGACAUUUCAGGAUCAAUACAAAGAGAAGAGCAAAGAGUUUGACCAUCUGUAUGAAGAGUUUAACCAAUCGUCACAGGAACUGCAGACCAAACGAACAGCCAUUGAGGCUUUCAGUGAAAUUAUUCGGAUAUUCGAGGAGGAGUGUGAGACCCAAGAACGCUACAGCAAGGAGUACAUUGACAUGUUUCUCACAUUAGACAGCAGUACAGAGACCGACAACAGGAUUCAAAACAACUCUGAUGAGCUGCAGUCGAGGGUGGAAGAGAUCCACAACAGCAAGAAGAAGUUGGAGGAGGAGCUGAGAAGGAAGGUGCUGGCUCACAUGGAGGUCGACCGCAAAAUGAACAGCCUGAAGCCUGACCUCGUGCAGCUCAGGAAGAUCAGAGAUCAAUACCUGCUCUGGCUCACCCAGCAAGGAACCGGUCAGACUCAGAUUAACGAUUGGCUUGGUAUCAGGAAUGAAGAAGAAGACCCGUACACGCUGGCAGACGACACGCACCUGGAGGAGACGAGUUGGUAUGUUGGAGGAAUGAGACGGAAGGAGGCAGAAGAGCUGCUGAGGGGGAGGAGGGAUGGUACCUUCCUCAUCAGAGACAGCCAAACUCAGAGAGGCUCCUUUGCCUGCUCUGUUGUCGUGGACGGGGAUGUGAAACACUGUGUGAUCUACAGGACGUCCACAGGGUACGGUUUCGCUGAGCCCUACAACCUGUACUCCUCACUGAGAGAGCUGGUCCUCCACUAUCGACACACAUCCCUAAUCCAGCACAACCAGCAGCUGAAUGUAACCCUGGCCUGGCCUGCUCUCAGCCAGCAGCCCAGCUGA